AUGUCGGGGACCACCAAAACUUCAUCGAUCACCUCCGGUCGGGACUCGCAGCCGACUUACGCGCGGCGAUAUGGUCGAAAAUAUCUCGAGCUUGACAAUCUUCAGGACUCCAGCGUGUGCCACCGCAAAGUCGGCAAAGCACGCGCCGACUGCCGACUUCGAACGUCCCAGUCGAAGUGGGGAUGCUUGGGCGAGGCAUUGAGACCUGCGGGCAUCGUUUACAUGGAUCUCUCGUUCGAUCAGCCCGCAGACUGUAGGCUACUGAGUGCCACGGUCAAAAUUACUUUGCAAGGCGCCCCCAAGCACCAGCUAGAUCUGGAUAAGCCUGUACGCCUCCAUCUGACCGAUCACUACGGGCCCAAAUAUCUUAGCGGAGAACCAAAGAAUGUGAUCAAGAAAAAGAUCUUGCACCUUGCGCCUCAAGUUAAUAUACUCGGAAACGGCGGUGGUGGUGUCGGUGUCGAUAGCGAGAAGUCGAUUACUUACGAUAGCCGGUGGACAUUCACAGGUAAUCUGCGCCCUGCGCAAAAGACCGAUUCAGAAUACCGCACCAUAAAGUGGGAGCUACGCGAGGGGGACCCUGAGUCUCAAUCCAUCCAUAGCAAUAUGAUCCACACAGCUUUUGCUUUCCAGCAUGAGGGGACGCCCUUCCUCAUGCGGGUUCAGAUCAAAGGAAAGCUACAAAAGGGCAGGAACCGAUUCAAAGAAAAGGCCCGUCAGUUGAGGUUCCCAUCCCGUCGUGAAAGUGAUGAGGCAUCCAGUGAUAUUCUCGUGUAUCCAAAUGUUGUGACGCAGCCUUCAGGUCCUCGUCUAGAUGGUCUUGUACGGGAUCUUCCCAUGGUUAUGGAAAGAGAAAAUUGCCUUCGCAUUCCGGUGCAGAUCCCUGCUGCUUUGCCGAUAUCUUUCGCAGAGAGUAACGAUAACACUUCCAACACGGCACCGGUCAACGUUCAGCAUGCCCAGAGCAUGCUUGAAGACUCAUAUACGGGUUAUCUACAGGGCAUUUUGCCUGGUUCAGUAGAUUCCGGGAGCCCUACUGAGUCGGCGCGGUCAUCAAAUUCCAACUCGUCUUCUUCCUCAGAAACGUUAGUAGAUGUCAGAGAGACCUGCGAUGCAGAUGAUCCAGUAGACGCGUGCAUUUCAAAGCUCGGACGUGCUGUGCACAUCUUUCGAACACCACAAACUGUUGACCAAGAAGGAUUACAGGCAUCCAGAAUAGUACUGCACGCAAAUACCAGUUCGGUGGCUCCAGAAAGAGCGAAUGGACCAGCCAGACCAAGAAAUGGCAAAGGGAGUGAAAGUACAGAAAGCCCUGAAAAGGUGCUGGUGCUUUUAUCGCGCUAUCCUUCAUUGGUAACCUUGAUCCAGAUCCUGGCUGCUCUCCUCGAUUUCUUUGGGAUGACAAUGAAGUCCACACAGUUGGCGAAUCGGGAUGUCAACAAGAAGCUCAGCGCAUAA